AUGCUAAACUGUGGCCUGGUAGCAGAUGAUCCUGCUUUUGACAUAUUGCCAGAGUUUGAGAAGUUCCGAUCCAAGUCUCAUCAGAGCCCCUCUGGGCGGGCGCAAACUCUGGGGCAGCAGGCCCUGGGGAAGAGCUCCGGCCUCGGGGAGGGCGCUGGGCGCGGGGUUCUGGGUAGCGCGCCCGCGGGGGUGCGCCGCUUCCUAUCGACUGAGCGCCAAGUCGCGGCGAAGUUUGGCGCGCCCAGGCCGGAGAAGAGAGGAGGGACGAGCCCGGGAGAACCUGGACCGCCGGGGUCGCCGGGCGUCGGGCCGGAGGGCGAAAAAGAAAAACAGGGCCCCUCGCGGCCUCCGCACCGGCCCCACCCAGCCACGCUCCCAUUGGCUGAUGGCCCCGCGGCGCCGCGGGAUCACUGGCCGCGGAGGCCGUCAGUCCGGCGGCUGCGUAGUAGCAGCAGGCGCUGCCGCUGCCAUAUUCAAGAGUUAGUAGGUCGCGAACGCUGGUGGGAGAGGUAUUUCCUACGGCACCUUCCGUGCUUCCGUCCGCCGGCCCUGUCCGCAGGAGCGGCCCUGCGGGCGACGCAGUCGCCCCUUCUCGGCUCUCCCGCGGCGGGCGGACGGCGGCGGUCACUAUGGCCGAAGCGCUCCAGGUGGUGGAGAUCGACCCGGACUUCAAGCCGCUGCCCCGGCCGGAUUUCAGGCAGUCGAGCUCUGCCACCUCCACCCGGCGCCGUCGGGCGGCGCGACCGGGAACCCCGACGCCGCGCGGGCCUGCCUUCGGCCUCGGCGGCCGCUGAGGGGCAACCACACAACGCGUGGGGCAACUUGUCCCACGCCGACCGCAUCGCCAACGCCGUCGAGAGCUCGGCCGAGAAGCGGCUCCUGCUGCCGCAGAUCUGCGGUGGAGGGUCCAGAGCGGGACCCACUUCAGGGAUGAAGGCGACAGCGACGGCCCUGCGGGCUGAAAGAUCUACAAGGUGCAGCACCUAGAGUGCUGCAGCAUCCAUAGGAGAAAGGAUGACAGGAGGGACGGAAGUUGGGGCUAGCUAUCCCUUUCUGCCUGGCCUCCUGGUUGGCUGCUGGUGGCAGAGGGAUCUGUGCUGUAAGUCCGGGAAGAGGAAAUCCCAGGGCAAAAUACCUUUAACAACAGAAAUCAGUCAAAGGAAGAAAUAAAGUUGAAAAUUCAUUUAUUGCUUACAAA